UGUCCCAAACGAAUGCGCAGUUACCCGAGCAUAAACGUGGAUAUUGUAAUUAGGGCGGGAACCAAUCCACUACACUUCGUCCUCCGGACAUCGAGGGGGUAGUAAAAUGGAUCGCCCGCGGGACCUUUUACUUUUCCUUUUAUUUCUGCAGAUUGGGACAAAGGAAGUUCUCGGCCACAGCAAUGAGGGCAAAAUGGGCGACAUUGAAAUCAAGUGCCCUAGCGGGGCUUUUUUCUUCAAGGGUUAUUGCUUCAUGGUGGUGAGGGUGCCAAUGACUUGGGAGGACGCCAUGACAGCCUGUCUAAGAUCUGGGAUGUAUCUCAGUUGGAUAGAGGAUGCUAUAGAAAACAAUUAUGUGGCGACCCAUGCGAUGUCUCGUGUCAGUCAAUAUUGGAUAGGUCUGUCAAACAUGUCCUCAACAGCCGGCCAAGACGAAAUUGUUUGGACACAGUAUAGAAUGAUGAAAAACAAAGCUAUUCCAUUGGUUGAGGGGCUGUGGAAAAAUUUGCAACCAGCUGAAUUUAUGGGAGAUACUAAUUGUGUUUCCACCCUGAAAGAUAAGGAUGAUAAUCAUUGGAUAGUAACAAAUUGCAGAAAGAAGCUCCCAUUCAUUUGCAAGGUUAUGGGAGCCCCUAAAUCUCCUGAUGCAAUGUAUUGUGGAAAUGGAGGCUACAUAAACCAGAAGUGGCAGUGUGACGGACAGAAUGACUGUGGAGAUAUGUCGGAUGAAGUUAAUUGUAGUUCUAGCUGCACAGAAUUAAAGAGUGUGGAAGUGGGUGGCUCUGAUAAUAUAACCAUGAAUACUCAGCAAUCAGCGUAUAAAAAUGAUUCUUUCUGUACCUGGACAAUAAAGGCACCAAUUGGUGUCAGAAUAAAGGUUACAAUAAGUUCCACUUUUUACCUGGAGGAAAAUGCAGAUGUUCUAAGUGUAUGGACGGGAGGUAUCUCUUUAAAAGAGAGUAACUUCCUGGGCAGUGUAACAGGGACACCAGGGAAACAGCAGGAAUUCUACUCUCAGAAUAACUAUCUUAUCCUACAACUUAGUAUGGAUCACUCAACUAACGGAAGUGGAUUUACUGCAUCCUAUACAACAGUUGAUGAGACCAAAAUUUGGAAUGAUGUGAAAAUGCUAAAUGCUAGCAGUAGCUGGCAGACUCUAGAAUCACCAGUAUAUGGCCAGGCUGUUCCUUUUGGAUUACAACUAGAGUGGCUGAUAACAGCAGAAUCGUACACAGUAGUUUCAGUAGAGUUUACAGAUGUAGAUCUACCCUCAAAUGGUUCCCUGAAAGUUUAUGAUGGGGAGGAUCUGAUGGCUCCACUUGUUUUCUCACUGACUAAAACUCCUGAAUACCCCAUCUACAUUUCCAACAGCAAAACUGUGCGAAUUGUGUUAUCAACUAAUAUACAUGAGUACGGAAAAUUUCGUGGAAUUCAGCUAAAAUACAAAGAAGGCUGUAUGUUGGAUUUGAUGCAGCAGGGGAAAAUCUUCUCACCUGGAUACGAGAUAGGCAACUAUCCUUCCAAUGUCACCUGUACAUGGCAUAUUCACCGAAACAGUGGAGAAACUAGACCCAUUUCUCUUCGCUUCACAGAUUUCAAAUUAAAGUUAAAUUCUGAUUAUGUAGAGAUCUACAAUGAUACAACAGGAACAAAAUUGCAUACAGGGAAUGGAUUAACUGGGACAAAUGCUAUUACAGAAAUAUUUAGUUCUACUGAUGGUCACCUCAAUGUGACUUUCAAGUCCAAUCUUGUGCUUGUGGAAAAGGGAUUCAGUGCUGAUUUUUCUAUUGAUUGCCCCCCGUUAACCCUGUCUCAGUGGACAAUGAAUUCAGUAUCAGGAAAGUACACAGCUCUGAAUACAGUAAUAACUCUGUCCUGUCAGACAGGCUACUCAUUUAAACAAGAGGAGUACAAUAAGGAAAGCUCCGUAUCUCUGAAGUGUUUACCUGGAGGAAGGUGGAAUGUAUCCAGGAUUCCUGACUGCCAGAUUACAUACUGUGGUAUUCCACCUGCAAUUCCAAAUGGAUUAUUAAAAAAUGCAACCGGUCCAAGAGUUGGAGACAAUGCAACGUAUGAAUGUGAUGGGGGCUUUACAAUGAAUGUUUCUCCCACAAUCAAAUGUCUGGCUAACGGAAUGUGGGAGUCAGAGCCUGUAUGCAAUGUAAUUGAUUGUGGGAUGCCAGAGCAAGUCCCAGGUGCUGAUCAAUAUAGCUACCCUGAUACACUUUUUGGCAGUUCAUUUAACUUUAGCUGUCAGACUGGCUCAACCCUCAGUGGAAAAUCCGUAGAUGGGGACUACACAGUCAGAUGUCAAGAGAACAGACAGUGGGGUUUUGGGAAUCUUACUUGUACAGGUGGACGCUGCACAGAUCCGGGUACACCAGGGGGAGCUGUGCAGGUAGUGAGGAGUUAUGAGGCUGGGGAACUCCUCAGGUUUAAUUGUACACGACAAGGAUAUGAACCAGUUCCUUCUACGCCUCUUCUGUGUGUAGAGCAGGGAACCAAAAAUGCCAGUUGGAAUUCAACUGACUUGCCUCUGUGCACAGAUGUUACUCCUCCAGAGUUCAGGAACUGUCCUAAUACAAUAUACAUUGACAAAAUGGAGCCUGUAAGCUUUGUUACCCCCUCUGCCACUGAUAAUUCUGGACUGGUGAAGAAUGUGACUGUUGUUCCUCCCAAUUUCAAAAGUGGUACAGUGGUGUCCAGUGAUUUAAAUGUCACCUACACAGCAGUAGAUAAUGGUGGGAAUACUGCAAGCUGUACAAUCUCAUUCAUCAUUAAAGAUCGCAAAAAGCCCGGCUUGAUAUGUUCUGAUAUAGGCAUAGUUUCAAUAAACACCACAGAGGGUACCAGAGUUGAUUUACAAACAUAUUUUAGUGAUCCAAAAUCUAGUGAAAAUAUAACAUUUAGCCCAGAACGAGACAUUACUGUAAACACCAAAACGCUUAGUAAACCUCAACAAGUCAAUGCAACAUUACAGAACAUGUGGGGGACUGAGGAAACAUGUACAUUACUAAUAUACACUAAAGCUGACGUUUGUUUCACUGAGAGCUUAUCACCUGCUCUCCAUGCUACAAAAGUUUGUCCUGAUUCAAAUGGAAAAAGAACAUGCACUUACACCUGUGAAAGUGGAUAUCUUUAUUUUGAUGGAUCCAGUUCAAAAAACUACACAUGUUCAGGAAUGAAUAAAUGGUCGCCUUCCAUGUAUCCAGAAAGUUGUCUUUUGACAGAGUCUCCAUCCUACAAAGCUAAGUUUGAGGUGGUUUAUGAUUUAGUGGAUCUUCCUGCUUCCUCAUGUUUGCAAGGCUUUGACAAUUCACUGGCUGUAUAUAACACAACUAUUGCACAAAAAGUGGAUGACAGAUGUAAAGACUUGAAACCAGGAAAGUUUAUGAUAAACAGUUUCAUAUCAACAACAAAAGCAUUUCAGAUCAUCACUGUCUUUAGUGGAGAAUUUACUGGAAGUGGUGCUGAUGCUGUAAGAUCUACUUGUUUACAAACACUAUAUAUAAUAGUGAACCUCAACCCGUCUUCUUUCCUGCAUAAUAAUACGGUACUUUGUGAUGGAGGUUCCCAAUCAAGUUUAUCAGUUAAAAGCAUCAAAGGGGUUGACGAUGGAAACAAGUGCUCUGACAACAUGGUACUUAUUAAACCUGAGUUAGGAAACAGUGAACAAUGUGUGAUGUGCCCACCAGGAAGAUAUUUUAAUGGCACUAGCUGUAUGAUGUGUGCAGAUGGCCAGUAUCAGGAUUCAGUUGGCCAGACAUCUUGUAAAAAUUGUCAAGCUAAUACUGUAUCAAGGGAUGAUAGAACUACAUGCACAGACCUGUGUCCACCUGGUUUCACUUCAAGUGAUGGAAUGACAGAAUGUAAGCCCUGUGGUGGAGAUGAAUACUGGGUGAAUGCAACCAACUGUGAACGUUGUCCAAAUAAUUCUACAACAGAUGGAAAAAAUGGUGUUCCUAAUAUCAGUGGAUGUAAAGCUCCUUGUCCAGCUGGGAAGUACUCUUUGACAGGAUAUGAGCCGUGUUAUGACUGUCCUCUGCAUCACUAUCAGACAAAUGAAGGACAAAAAGAUUGUACAGAAUGUCUACAGGACCAGAUGAAUCAAAAAACUGGCAGUAACAGCUCUGCUGACUGCAUCACUGUUGGUUUGUAA